GGCGAUUUCGGCAGGAAGGGGGCGGGCGGGGGGCGGCGGCCCGCCGCGCGAUUACUCCACGCUGAUUCAUUUGGCGCUAAAGCUGACGAAAAUAUUAACGACGCAAAUUUCGGAGGCGGCGAACAUCGAUUCGCCAAGGUUGCGGGCUCCGUCUGCGUGUGUGUCGGCGUUCGCUUUUUUGCGAGCAACAGUUGGCGGCCGGCGAGGGGCGGCGGUCACGCGAGCCGAGGCAUGACGGCGGCCGGGAGCGGCGGACGAGCGCCCAGACGAAAUUCGCGCUUUUUGCGGGUGCGUCGGGACGGUUUUUCUUUGUGCGUACAUGGUUGGUGUUGGUUGAUGCAGUUCAAGGCCGAUGGUUUCCGCUGGACUUCGCAAAAACGGUGGAUCUCGUGACAGUUUCAAGGACAACCGUGCCCGAAACCAGACUGGUGCAGUUUUGUCUAUUACUCACGGCGUGGUGGAAUUCCAAACAAAAAUAAAGGAGGAGGAACGAAAGCUGGGGGAGAUAUUGCCGUUCGGUGUUUUGGAAAGGAGAGGGAGGCGCGCUCAAGUGCAAACCGUCGCGCUCCCCGUACUUAAUUCGCACAGUGAGGAUGAAUGAGUGGUUCAAGAUCUCGCUGCUGCUGUCGAUUUUCGGAUUCCUGAAGGAGAUCAGGCCUUCGGAGCCUUUCGUCUACGAGUUCCUGGUGGGGCCCUGGCGGAAUGUCAGCAAGGAGCAGGUCACCGAGGAGGUUUAUCCCGUGGGAACAUACAGUUACCUAGCGCAGUCCGUCGUUGUGUUCCUGAUCACCGACCUGUGCAGGUACAAGCCUUUGAUCGUGGUGCUGGGGGUCUCUGGAGUGGUGGUAUGGAGCAUGCUGUUGUGGACCAAGGGGCUGGUGGAACUGCAAAUACUCGAAGUCUUCUAUGGGACGUUCAUGGCAACCGAAGUCGCCUACUACACCUACAUCUAUGCAAAAGUCCCCAAAGACUACUACCAACAGGUAACCUCGCACACCCGCGCCGCCAUCUUGGCAGGUCGAGCAAUCUCAGGAAUCAUAGCCCAGUUACUCAUAUCCCUCGAAAGCGCGGACUACCGCGACCUCAACUACAUAACCUUCGCAGCAAUGCUCGCAGCCACCUUCUGGAGCCUCUUCCUCCCUUCCGUCCACAAGACCAUCUACUUCCACCGCGAAAUCGAAUACCGCCAACGCUGCUCCCACAAAGUCUUCAGCGCCUUCGCCCUCAUGAAGAAGCACUUCGUCGACUCCUUCGCCAACAAGUACGUCUUGAAGUGGUCCCUGUGGUGGGCUCUGUCCACUUGCGGCUACAUCCAGGUCCAGUGCUACAUGCAAGUCCUGUGGAACGACAUCCAAGACGACCCUAACACUCCCAUUUACAACGGCGCGGUGGAGUCGGUUUUGACGGUGUUGGGCUUCAUGGGCGCCCUUCUGGCCGGGAUUCUGCGCGUGGACUGGAAGGUCAAAGGGGACCUCGCCUUGACCGUGUGUUCGUUGCUCAGCGGGUUCAUUAUUUUGUACACGUCUCGCACGAAGUACGUGAUUUUGAGCUACAUUUGCUAUAUAGCGUUCGGGGCUGUGUACCACUUCAUGAUCACUAUAGCGAGUGCGGAGAUCGCGAAGUGCAUCAGCGAUGAUAGCUAUGGGUUGGUUUUCGGGAUGAAUACGUUUGUGGCGUUGGCGUUUCAGUCGAUUUUGACGGCGCUGGUGGUGACGAAAGGGGUGGGGUUCGCGUUGGCGCCGAGAGAUCAGUAUUUCGUCUACGGGAUUUAUCAUGUAGCGAUCAGUGUGGCGUAUAUAGCGAUAGGGUUGGCCACCUGGUUGAGUUCCAAGAGAGAUUAUCGCAAGGCUGACGGAUAACUCGGUAGUUUUCUAGUAGUUUUACAGUUUUAUAGGCAGUAUUAUUGUUGUUGUUUUUGAAUUGUUUUGAGAAGUUUAUUAAAGACUGUUUUUGAA